AUGGGUGAUUUAAAAAUAUCAACUCUUAACCUCACUAAAAGGUACAGCAAUUCUUUUUAACUGUUUCUGAUGGUGCAUAGUCAUCGGGUCUUCAGAGGGUUUUUCAUCAUGCUGUUAUUGUUUCAUAUGAUUUUGUUGCUUGUGCCAUGGAUUGAGAUCAAAAUACCAGCAUGGCCAAUAUUAAAAAUAAUAUUUGCAAUAGGUGCUUCUUUGUGGCCAUUUCCAACCUUUGACAUGUUGUCUGAAGAAAACUUAUACUUGAGACAAAUAUUAAUGAAAACAUUAGAGAUUUCAGUGAUAAUGUUAUAUGCUAUAGAUUUAUUGCCAAAAAUUUUUAUUUGGAGAUAAAAUGUGCUUUGGAAAUUUGUCAAUAUUGUCAUUUUAUCAUAAAUGAUGUUUUUAUUGCCUGUGUCAAUAAUUGCAUAUGAUAAAGUUGCACUGCCAACCGACACCAUGAAAUUACGUAUAUUUUCUAUUAGCUUUUGUUUUGUGAUUGUUUGUGAAAUUCUAAGUAUAAGAGAAUAAAAAUCAUUGAGAUUCUUACAAAUAACACAAAGGUAAUAAGAGAAGCAAAGAUAAAUAAAAUAAAAAAUCCAGGAAUUUAGUUGGUGCGAGAUAGUGAAACAUGAUUCUCCGAAUGAUUGUUGGGUCGUCAUUAAAGAUAAAAUCUAUGAUGUUACUUAAUUUUUAUAGUAUCACCCAGGCGGUAAUAUGAUUCUUGAUGGAGCAGGUGGAGACUGCACUGCCCUUUGGUAUUCUUAUCAUCCGAGUUAUUUGACAAAAUAAGAGCCCCCUUAACAGUAUAUGAUCGGGAAGGUCAGAGAUUAUUAGUAAUAUUAUUCAUACGACGAUGAUUUCUAUUAAAACAUAAAGGAAGAAGUUGAACAAAAGAUUCCAAGAUAGAACUGGCAAAAUCAUUGGGUUCUUUUUUUGAAAGGAUUCCUCUGUUUGACUGGAUAUUUAGCAUGUUUGUACUAUUAUGUAAAUUAUUGCACUUUAUUGUCUGCGAUAUUAUUAGGAUUCUUCGCUGCAUAAGCUGAUGUUAAUAUUAUGCAUGAUGGAAAUCAUUAUGCCUUCUCGUCGAAUAAAACAUUAUCAUUUCUAGCUGGUUAUGUUUUGGAUCUCACCUUUUCUACAAGUGUGGUGUACAGAAGAUCUCACAAUUUCGGACAUCAUAGUUGUGUGAACCAUUUAGAACUGGAUAGGGCAUUUGAUACUACAUUCCCAUAUAUAAGAUUGCAUCCUCUUCAGCAAAGAUUCUGGUAUCAUAAAUAUUAGCAUUUGUACAUUUGGAUUAUUUAUACAUUUGUUAAUUUCACUGAUGUAAUGGGAACUUUUGAUGAAAUGCAAUGGUUCAGCAAUUAUCCCUGCAGAAGAGGGUAUGUAUCUAAAUUGUAAGUAUUCUUGUAAAUAAUCGUCAAACUCUUAUGGAUUUCAAUUACAUUAAUUUAUCCUUCGAUCAAAUUCUCUUACAAGGUUGCCUUCGGAAUGUGGUUUGUGUACAAUGCAGUACACAGUUAUAAUUACGCUUUGUUCUUUUCAGUCAAUCAUUGGACUCUGGAGGCUGGUGUGGUGGAUAACCAAAACAUCAACUAAACAAAUUGGGGUAAAUUGUAAAUCUAAAAUUCUUCUAAUUUUGCUCUUGAUUCUUUUAUUUGGACUCACCUAUCUGGCGGACUUAAUUAUUAAAUUGAGCAUCACCUAUUUCCAUAGUUUGCACACACUAGACUCAAGGAAAUAAAGAGCACUAUUUAAGUGAAAGCUAAAUAAGCCAAGAUAAAGUAAGAAAUAGAUAAAUUUUAUUCUAGUUAUUUUGAGUUCCCAUCAUUUUUAGAUGCCUUAAUUAGUCACUAUAAAUUGUUAAAAAUUUUAGGAUCAAAAGAUAAAAUUUGA